GAAGAAGCAGAGGAAGAAGGAAGAAGAAGAAGAACCAGGACAUAUGGUGGACUCGUUUUCGGUCGCUGAGUUAUUCGUCUGUCUGAGAUCGUGAUCUGAGCGUGUUAAUGCUGGAGAGACCCAGGAUGAAUGGUGUCGCGGACAUUGUUUUCACCCAGAGUCAAACACCUGAGAAGGGGGAGGCUAUACUCUGUCUGUGCUCCAGAGCCUUUGUCAAGGACAGAGAGCUGUAUUGCUCUGAUAACAGACUGCUUUCCUCUGGCAAAGAAGUCACUGAAGUGCAAGAAUCGGAAAAAGAUGAUGAGGAAAAUGUCUUGGAUGAAGAGUCUCAGCUGAUGGUUAAGAUGGGUCUCCCUUUGGCAUUCGCCAGCUCCUCUGAACAAAAGAUUCAACAGAGAAGAAGAUGGCCACAAGGAAAACCCAUCACAUGGAAGGAAGAACUGCCUAAAGAUAAAGAGGCUGACAAAGAUUUACAACCGCUUCACAAAACAGAUGAAUGCAAGAAUGAACUGCACUGGGUACCGGGGUUAGGCUUAGGGCUAUCUGGUGCCGAAGAAGAGACCCAUGACCCCUGCUGGGAAACUUACUGGGGUAAGGAAAACAACAUAAUUACUAGCAUGAACAAUUCAAUUCUAACGCUUAGUACAGAGCAGAAAUUUUAUAAAGCUUAACAAUUAGGCUACGUU